AUGGCCGGAACUAUCAACAAGCCAAAAAAGCCCACGUCGAAGCGGCAGCCGGUGCGACUCCGGCACAGAAUCGAAAAGGCGUCGUUGGCAAAGCAGAGGAAGCAGAGAAAGCUGGCAAAGUCGAACCCGGAAUGGCGAUCGAAGCUCAAGAAGGACCCGGGCAUUCCCAACCUGUUUCCGUACAAGGAGAAGCUGCUGCACCAGAUCGAAGAGACGCGGCUGCGGAAACAGGAGGAGGCAAAGCGGCGACGGGAGCUGGCCAAGUCUGGUGUGGUCGGCAGCGAAGCAGCAGUGACGGGGGCCGGUGACGAUGACAUGUCGGAUGGCGAGGGCAGCGUGGACGGCAUGGAGGUGGAGGACGGCGACGUGGACGAGGGCGAUGUGGACGAGUCGAAUCCGAUGGCGGCGCUGCUGGCGAGCGCACGGGCAGCAGCACGGGACUACAACGAGAGGAUCCAGGACGUGGACGACUGGGAUGCGAUGGACGGCGAGGACGACUCGGAGAACGACAGGGAGGGCGGCGUGGGACCGGACGAUCACGUGAUUGACGUACCAGGAGCAGCGACGUCGCGCAAAGCCUACGACAAGGUGUUCAAGCAGGUGGUAGAGCAGGCGGACGUGGUGCUGUACGUGCUGGACGCACGAGAUCCUGAGGGGACGCGGUCGCGCGACGUGGAGCGGGCAGUGCUGGCAGCGGGGACAGAGUCGGGCAAGCGACUGAUCCUGGUGCUGAACAAGGCAGACCUGGUGCCACCGGCUGUGCUGAAGGCAUGGCUGACGCAUCUGCGGGGCUCCUUCCCUACGCUGCCUCUGCGGGCAUCGGGAGCAGCAGCGAACGCGCACACGUUCCACCACCGCGACCUGACGGUGCAGAGCACGAGCGGCGCGCUCUUCCGGGCGCUCAAGGCGUAUGCGACCAGCCGGAACUUGAAGCGGGCGGUGUCGGUGGGCGUGAUCGGCUACCCGAACGUGGGCAAGUCGUCAGUGAUCAACGCGUUGCUGUCGCGACUGAGCGGCAAUCACGGCAACCACAGCGGCCGGGCAGCCUGUCCAGCGGGCGCCGAGGCGGGCGUCACGACGGCGAUCCGGUCGGUCAAGAUCGACAGCAAGCUAACGCUGUUGGAUUCGCCCGGUAUUGUGUUCCCGUCGGCGGCCAACACGGCCGGCAGCAACAGCACGACCGGGCCCAAGACGGCGGCCGACGUGCACGCCAGCCUGAUCUUGCUGAACGCGGUGCCACCGAAGCUGAUUGAGGAUCCGGUGCCGGCCGUGUCGCUGCUGCUGAAGCGGCUCUCGGCGUCGGCGGACCGGCUGAAGAACCUGGCCGACGUGUACGACCUGCCGGCACUGAUGCCUGGCGGCCCCGACGGCAGCGACAUCACGACCGACUUUCUGGUGCAGGUGGCGCGCAAGCGUGGCCGUCUGGGCCGUGGUGGCGUGCCCAACAUCCAUGCGGCUGCCAUGACGGUCAUCACCGACUGGCGCGACGGCCGCAUCCAGGGCUGGGUCGAUGCUCCGAGACCGGGCCUGGCCCAGACGGUUACAACGGCCGAGACUGGCCGAAUUGCUGCCAAGACGGCCAAGACGGCUGCUGCUGCUGCUUCUGCCGCAGCUGAGACGCCAGUCAUGGCGGACCAGAAGCAGAUUGUGACCGAGUGGGCCAAGGAGUUCAAGCUGGACGGCCUGUGGGGCGACGAGGAGACCGGAGAGGCCGAUGCGAUGGCCGAGUAA